AUGGUGAAGGUGAACGUAAGCGUCUUCGGUUCUUUCUUACGUGUUGCAAUCUGUUGAAGACGCAAGCACAGACUGACAUAGAAUGUUUGAACAUCUAGGAUGAAGGUCAAGGAGAAGGGGCCGAGGUGGAUAUACCCGAGUCUCGCGUUUUCAAUUAUUUGCCUACUACUUGCACGAACUCCGAGUCGACGGUUCACUGAGAACAGCUCGCGCUGGGGCACGCAGAGUUAUCAAGAUGUGAUGGCCUGCGUCGUCAAAUAUGGAAAACCUUCGCUGUUCAUCACGGUGACAUGCGACCCCGAAUGGCCGGAAAUCAAGGCGGCACCUGGGGCCGAAAUGGAAUGA